AAACAUUUAUUGGUGCCUAUGUUGCAGACAGUUGAGGAAAUGGAUGGAGUCAACAAUAGUGGAGUCCCUGAGUUUCUGCUCCUGGGGAUCUCAGACAGUCCUGAGCAGCAGUGGGUCCUGUUCUGGAUGUUCCUGUCCAUGUACCUGGUCACAGUGGUGGGAAAUGUGCUCAUCAUCCUGGCCAUCAGCUUUGAUCCCCGCCUGCACACACCCAUGUACUUCUUCCUGGCCAACCUCUCCUUCACUGACCUCUUCUUUGUCACCAAUACAAUCCCCAAGAUGCUGGUGAGCCUCCAGUCUCAGAACAAAGCCAUCUCCUAUGUGGGGUGUCUGACACAGCUCUACUUCCUAGUCUCCUUGGUGGCCCUGGACAACCUUAUCCUGGCCACAAUGGCAUAUGACCGUUAUGUGGCCAUCUGCCGCCCCCUCCACUACACCACGGUCAUGAGUCCUGGGCUCUGUAUUAUGCUCCUCACCUUGUGUUGGGCACUUUCUGUUUUCUAUGGCCUCACCCACACCCUCCUCAUGACCAGGGUAACAUUCUGUGGUUCCCGGAAGAUCCACUACAUCUUCUGUGAGAUGUAUGUGCUGCUGAGGCUGGCAUGUUCCAAUACUGAAGUCAAUCAUAUAGUGCUGAUUGCCACAGGCUGCUUUAUUUUCCUCACCCCUUUAGGGUUCAUGAUCAUGUCCUAUGUCCGAAUUGUCAGAGCCAUCCUCCAAAUACCCUCAGCCACUGGGAAGUACAAAGCCUUCUCCACCUGUGCUUCCCAUUUGGCUGUGGUCUCCCUCUUCUAUGGGACACUUGGCAUGGUAUAUCUGCAGCCCCUCCAAACCUACUCCAUGAAGGACUCAGUAGCCACAGUGAUGUAUGCUGUGGUGACCCCCAUGAUGAACCCUUUCAUCUACAGCCUGAGGAACAAGGACAUGCAUGGGGCUCUGAGAAGACUCCUCCUAGGAAAAGUUUUCCAGAGGUUGACUUGAGAUAUUUUGGUUAUCGAAGUGGAGACUGGGA